ACAUUAGGUCGUUUAAGAUUCUCAGGAACUCUCUCUCUCUCUCUGUUACUUCACAAGUUACCAUGUAUACCUUAAAUAUAUUGUAUGUACUGCUCUUCAAUACGAUGUUUAAGGAUGUCGUCUCAAUCAGAACCACGCUUUGCAGGCGGCAUAAAGCAGAAAACCCCUGCGUCGAGGAAAAUACUUGGGUAUUCGACCAAAAUGCUCGCACUUGUAAUCCUGUGACUCCUGAAAAGGAACCCUGCGGGCACUUUAUUAGCGAAAAGGCUUGCAAAGAGGUCUGCCUACAAAAAAAAAUAACAAAGUUUUGGAAUGAACACAUAUGGAAAAGAUAAGAUAAACAAAUCAUCAAAUAACACUUGGCCGUUUUAUGAUAACGAAAUCGGCAAUUUGUAUUGAAUAUUUGGAAAUGAAUGAAUUUAAAGACGAUGCCUAA